CGGGACCGGGGCGGACACCGGGACCGCGGGCCGGGAGCGGGGCAGCGACACCGGCACCCGGGAGCGCCGGCAGGGAGCGGCAGCGGGAAGCGGCAGCGGGGGCGGCGGCGGCGCCUGGAGGGGGGAGCAGCGGCGGCGGCAGCGGCGGCUCCGGCAGCGCGGCCUGAGGCGCUGGGCCCAGCGCUCCCGCUCGCUCCGGGCGGCCCCGGCGGCCUCGGCGGCUUCAGCGUCCCCCGUUCCCUCCGCGCCCACCCCCGGGGGCGGCACGAACCCGCCGGGAAGAUGUCCCGGCCCGUCAGGAACAGGAAGGUGGUCGACUACUCCCAGUUUCAGGAAUCAGAUGAUGCUGAUGAAGAUUAUGGAAGAGAUUCAGGUCCCCCAUCCAAGAAAAUCCGCUCGUCUCCCCGAGAGGCCAAAAAUAAGAGGCGAUCUGGGAAGAAUUCUCAGGAGGACAGUGAGGAUUCAGAAGACAAAGAUGUGAAGACUAAGAAAGAUGAUUCACACUCAGCAGAUGAGGAUUUUGGCAGUGAAGAUGAUGAUAUAGGAGCAGACGAUGGCAAAGCUGACAGUGACUAUGAGAGCUCUCAAAAAAGCAAAAAAGGAAAAAAGGCUAAGCCAGACAAGAACAAGAGAGCAGCCUCCAAAUCCAGGAAAAGGCCUGCAGAGGACAGCGAGGAUGAGAAGGAGGAUCACAAAAACGUCCGUCAGCAGCGACAGGCGGCGUCCAAAGCGGCUUCCAAACAGCGGGAGAUGCUCAUGGAUGACGUGGGGAGUGAGGAGGAAGAGCAAGAGGAUGAUGAGGCCCAGUUCCAGGAGACAGAUUCAGGAAGUGAUGAAGACUUCCUCAUGGAAGAUGAUGAUGACAGUGAUUAUGGCAGUUCAAAAAAGAAGAAUAAGAAGGUCUCCAAGAAAUCCAAGCCAGAGAGGAAAGAAAAGAAAAUGCCCAAGCCCAGGCUAAAGGCUACAGUGACCCCCAGUCCAGUGAAAGGCAAAGGGAAGGGAGGUCGUCCCACAGCCUCCAAGGCAACGAAAGAAAAGACCCCAUCCCCCAAAGAAGAGGAUGAAGAGCCUGAAAGCCCCCCAGAAAAGAAAAAAUCAGCCAGCCCUCCACCAGAGAAGUCAGGGGAUGAGGGAUCUGAAGACGAAGCACCCUCUGGUGAAGAUUAAAAAAUGGCAGUUGAGGAAAUCUUUGGUUAAAAAAAAAAAGAGAAAAAAAAAAAGAAAAAGGAAAAGAAAAACAUACUUAGGGGUAGAACACGGUUUUGGCUGUGGCUUGACUCAUGGGCUUUGAAUGCUGUCUUUACUUUCAGCUGUUUAAUACAGUGUAUCCUUUUUUAAUAAGAGGAAACCCUUAUACAGUAAUAUUUUGAAGUCAAUGUUCUCUGUUGGCCAUUCCGUUCUCCCUCCCCCACCAAAUCUGAAAGCCAUUUGAGACAAAUUAACAGACCAUUAAAUAUAUUUUUUUUUUCAAGGGAUAUUGCAGUUGUGAAGCAAUAAGGUUUGAGGACUGAUAUGUGGAAACCAUACUUAAAAAAUCCUUAAGUAGAAUAGAUUUUUUUUCCCAAUGCUGGUAAGAGUUGUUUAAAACUAUUAUUCUGUAUUUGAAUAUAUGGAGAGAAAAAAAAAAAAAAGAACCUAUGCUUUAA